UUAUAUUGAAAGAGGAGAAGUAUCCACAUUUAAAUGUAAAUGUUGGGAAAAACAAUUUUUAAAAGAGAAUAAAGACGGGAAAUCUCAAACAAAAGUGGCAAAAUGUAAAAAAUGUAGACUUGAAAAAUGUCUCUCUGUUGGAAUGAAAAGAUUGAAUGUCGUGUAUUUACGGCAAGAUAUAAACCUGGAAGCAAUAGAAGAACAAAAAAACGAAAUUACCGUAAGUUUAAUUUAGAGGGGGUGGUAAUUUUAGUUGGUAUCACGGAUUUAGAGGAUUAAAGGUAUUUAACGAGAUUCCUUGGGAUUACAGAGAAUCAUCAUGGAAUUUUGAGGGAUCUUGGAGAGUUAAAGAGGUACCAUUGCAAUACAAGGAUGUCAGGUGAGUUGGGUGAAUAUAUCAGUGGAUAUUCAGUCCGAUAUGGAGUUAAAGUUUUCUGAGUCGCUCCAAGAUGAAAGAUAAUCGGUAUAAGAAAAUCGGCCGCUGGCAAAAAAUUUUGA